UAGCAAAAGCCGCCUCCAACAUUGUUUUAGAGAAUUUAGCAGUACGUCCAACCGGCCUCACAACCGCAGACCAUGUUUAACCACACCAUCCAAGUCCUCCAUGUCUGGCUUCUUCAUCUGUAACUUACUAAAAUCAUUGAAAUUGUUGCAUGUUGCAUUUUUAUUUUUGUUCAGUAUAUUUUCAGUUCUUUCCUUUUCCUUCCAUCUAAAAACCGCUGAUUGCCAUCAUACUUUCUCCUCCCACAUAUUAAACCCUGAUAAUAACGUAGUGAAUACAGAGACAGAGACACGCUCCUAGGUCUGUCAAGGGUGCUAAUCCCCUGUCUUCCUCCUCCCACCACUCCGAUAAUCUGAUUAGUAGACGCUGCUGUCUGGUUAACUGACUAAUCCCUGUAGUCCUCAAUCAGGAACACACACACUCUGUCUUCUGUUUCUAUACACCAAUUUAUUUUCUAUUAGCUUAAGAAUAGCAUACAUUUUUCUGGACACACACAGAGUGGUAGCGGUACAUGGUUGUAUUGGGCCACAAUGCCUGUGUUCUACUCCCCCAUACCCCAGAACCUCCGGAUGGGCCUGGCCUCUGUCGGUGGAUCCGUGUUCACUAACAACAGGACAGGGGACUUUAGCAGUGACUACAACAAGGACCAGGAUGAUAAAACAGUCAAUGAGUUGGUGUCUCACCUACCCCUUCAGAUGAUCCUGUACUUCAACAUAUUCUUUUUCCCAUGCUGGUGGGUCUCUGCUGUUCUCAUGCUGGAUCUAAAGUUGUAUUACCUGCCUGGGUACUACCAGGCUCUACUUGUGACUGGAGUGGUUCUGCUUACCAUCUGUGAAAUCACCAGGCUCUAUCUGGGCUAUAUCGGAAACCUCAAAGAGAAGGUGCCAGAGCUGGCUGGGUUCUGGCUGAUAUCCUUCCUGUUCCAGCUGCCCAUUCUACUCUUCUUCCUGACUGAUGAGGACAUCAUCAUCCUCCCUCUGGAGAGGGCCGUCCACUCCAUCUACCUCCUCUUCAUCCUCUCAGAGCUCCUGGCUUCCUUCUUCGCCCUCAGGGCCAUGACCAGGAAGUUAACCCUGCUGUUCCACCUCAGGCAGUUUGGGGAGGUGGAAAACCUUCCUCACCUCCACCAUCACCACCUCCACAUAGCGGGAAAGAGCCCAGCCUUCGGCAUGCCAUAUUAUGGGAGGACUGUUCUGCCCAUGCCACCACACACCAAUAACGUUCACAGUCACUGAUAGAGCACAGAGAGACAACCAGGAACACUGUGACUGGGAUGGAUAGGACUGGGAGAUGGGGUAUGAUCUGGAGUUAAAGGCAUAGGGGUGAAUAGUUUAAUGUGGAAGAGAGUUCUUGUGAAUACAGCCUUGAAAUGAUUUUCCAAAGAGGGAGGAAGCUUUUGAAGUGUUCCAUGAUGUUCAAAAUAUAAUGCUGGAUUUUGUGAUCUUUAUGAAAUGAUGAGUUGAUGCACUGUUUUAUAAUUGUUGUGUUUUAAUUUCUAGAUAUAAAACAUGUGUAAAAAAUAUGAUUGGACACCGGUAGUAGUGAUGGUCAUAACAUAUUAGAACCACAUGGUGGCACUAAAUGGCCAUAAGAGGGGUUAGUAAUAAACUGAAAAGUGUUGCAAAGUCCCAAUUUGUAAGGCAGAAUAAUCACAAACUGUCAUGCUGCACAGAUACGGGUUAGAGAACCUUUCUGAUUGUCUAUACAAGUGAAGCUUGUCAGGAGCUGUCAGAAAGUGGUCAGAAGCUGUCAGGAGCUGGUCAGAAGCUGUCAGGAGCUGGUCAGAAGCUGGUCAGAAGCUGUCAGGAGCUGUCAGAAGCUGGUCAGAAGCUGUCAGGAGCUGGUCAGAAGCUGUCAGAAG